AUGGCAAACUCUUCUUCCAACACAAAAUACCAUUUCCAUGCUCGCUCAAACAGCUUGCCCUCUAGACCACACCCUCUCAUUCAGCAAUGCAAUGAGCUCUUGGAGAGGUUAAGAGCUUCCCAUGAAACCUCUUCUUCAUCUUCAUUGCUAAGCCAUAGACUAGGAGGCUUGCAAGAUCUGCAUGAAUGUGUUGAAAAGUUGGUCCAGCUUCCCCUCACCCAAGAAGCCCUUCUCCAUGAUCCUCAAGAAUCUUCGGUAGAUGAGCUUUUGGAUGGAUCUUUAAGAGUCCUAGAUGUGUGCACAGUUGCCAAAGAAUCUCUUUUGCAUACAAAGGAGUGCAUGCGUGAACUUCAAUCAAUUAUGAGAAGAAGAAGAGGAGAAGAAGUGGGAAUCACAACUGAGGCUAAGAAGUUCUUGGCUUCAAGGAAGGUGGUGAAAAAGGCUAUUUUCAAAGCCUUGGUGAAUUUGAAGGCUAUUGCCAAAAAGUGCAACUUCUCUUCUAACAUCAAAGGCCAACAAACUGGAGCAUUGGUUAGCUUGUUAAGAGAUGUUGAAGUUGUCACUCUUUCAAUAUUUGAGUCAUUGUUGAACUUCAUCGCUGGAUCAACAGAAGCCAAACUAGGUACCAGUUGGUCUUUGGUUUCCAAACUGAUCCAAACCAAAAGAACUGGCUGCACUCAAGUAGCAGAUGAAAGUGAAUUCUCCCAAGUGGAUGCAGCAUUGCAGUUCUGUGUACUUCACAUGACAAGCAAGUCAGAUAACAUCAACAAUCUGCAAAACCACUUGGAGAAACUGGAGUCGCGCAUUCAAGACUUUGAAGAAGGGCUUGAGUUUCUGUUUAGACGUUUGAUUAAAAUAAGAGUUGCCCUCCUUAAUAUUCUCAAUCACUAG